AUGUUUGUGACAAUUACCCUUCAAAUGUCAUGCCCGUAUAGAGUGCUACUUGAUGAUAAUUUAACAAUCCAUGGGGGUUUCCAAAGUCCGCCUAUCGGGGGCGGGGCCGGGCCGCCGGGCCGAACAGACGCACUAUACAUGGGCUCCGGCAUUAACCUGAGCAAAAAGGCACAAAAGACUGCUAAGAAGUCGGCUAUCCCGACAACAACUAACAGGGAACGACCCCAGCGCACCUCGGAUGCCGGCAAGAAGCACACCACAAGCUGGACGGGCAACGGAGGGCGAGACCGGCCUACACGCGGCAGAGCAUCCGGCCGAGACAACGCCACGCGGCGGGACGCCACAGAGAGGCGCAGCCCCGAAACAUUUCAGCGGGAGAGACGCUGCACAGAUGGUUCCCUUUGCACACCCGGCCCGGGGCACGGCCCUGCCCCCCCCCCCCGGCCGGUGGGGGUUAUCCCGGCCGCAUGGCGGUGA